CGAAAAGUGAACAUGGCGGAGAACGCCGUCGGAAACGAUGCAAUCAUGCGGCUCUGCAAGGUCGUCUGCGAGGACGACAGCAGCUACCGCAGCAACCAAGACGACGAGCCACCUGUGGACGAUGCCCAUGAAGCGCUGGCCAAGGAGGUCUACCUCCUGCGCAAGGAACGCGACGAUCUCCAAGGGGCGCUCAAGGCCCGCGAUAUGGAGCUGACGGCGCUCCGCGAGCGCUACGAGCUCUUGCUGACUGCGGUCGAGCAGCAGGACGAAGCGAUCGCCGCCAUUUACGCGACAACGGGCGCGCCCAAUGCGACGCAAGCGCUCGAGCAGUAUUCGGCGAUUCGCGAGUCGUGCUUGCUGCUCACGGCGCAAAAGAAGAUGGGGCGUACGGCGCACGAGAUGCUCCAGGCUCACUUGGACUCGAUGGGCUUUGAGGGCCUCGACGUUGCGCCCGUCGUCGCCGCGCUCCAAGAGCAAAACCCCGGCAGCAGUGGCCGCCACGACCUCGCGCUGCUCAACUCGGCGCUGGACCAGCUCUUGUACGCACCGUCCAACAACAAUUUCGACGGCAGCGCGACGACGCCCGAGGCCUCGUCGCUCUCGCACCUCGCGGCCACGGGGUUUCUGCGGCGCAAAAGCGGCCGCCUCAGCGUCAGCGACUUUGGCCUCCUCGAAACAAGUAGUCCGCGGCGCGACUCGGACCCGCUCUUCACUGACGACGAGGAGGACCACACGGCACCGACGGCGGAGGCGCAAGGUGAGCCGGUCGAAGAGCUCACGUACAAUGGAUUUCUCGAGCGCCUGAGCCUGCCUGGGUCCCGCGAUCUCGUCGACCACAUCCGCCGCUUCUUGGGCUCGAUCCUAGGACCGCGCGGUGACGGCCAGCCGCCGACGUCGAGCCACUUUGUCGACUACCCGUUCUGCGGCAACACCAACUUUCAAGCGCGCUGCGAAGGCUUCUUCCGCGGCAUGGACGAGCUGCUUGCGAAGCACCCGGCGUGGCGCCACGCACCCGAGUCGACGCUCGUGGCGGCGCGCGACGGCAUUGAGAAAUACGUCAUGGACAAGCUCGCCGACAUUCCGCUGACGCAGCUCCCGCGCAGUCGCGAGUGGCGUCAAGAAGACGCGGUGCUCUGGCGCCGCAUGCAGUUGCUCUCGGUGCACCUCACGUCGUGCUACCAAAGGAUUCACUAUAUAGCGUACGUAGUUUGUGACGCCCGAUAUGCUCGACAUCAAGCCGUGCAUGCGCAACGAGGUCGUGUGGUCCAUUGCGACGGACGAGCUCCGGCGCAUGAACGCCGUCCGGUCGCCCGGCGACAAGAUCCACUGCAUCGUACGCUGCUGCAGCAUCAUCUUCAGCGUCCUCAACCUCUCGCGCGGCGACGACGCGCUCAACCGCCCUGGGGCCGACGACUUUUUGCCCGUCUUUAUUUACAUUGUGCUCCACUCGCAGAUCCCGGGUCUCUACUCGAACGCCGAGUACAUUGCAGCGUACCGCCACCCGGCCGAUCUCAUGUCCAAGGCGGGCUACUGCUUUGUGAACCUUCGGAGCGCGAUCGAGUUCAUCUUGGUGCUCGAUGCGUCCAUGCUCACGAUCGCUCCGGACGAAUUUGACCGGUUGCUCGCCGAUGCCGAUGCCGCAUUGCCCCCAAACUCAGACGCCGAGACGACCUCAUAAAUAUGUAGUAUAUAUAUACCCCAGGGCUCCUAGAU